UUAAAUUUAAAUUUGGGUCGAAUUAAAUGGUUUGUAAGGGAGACAAAUAUAUAAACCAUAAUUGUGAAAAGAGCUGAAAGGAAGCACCACAUCAAAAUGCAUCAUUGCUGUCUUCCAUUGCAUUGCAAGAGGAGAUCAAAUCCCGAAAGGUAAAGGUAAGAGCAUCUCUAGCGGUUUUCCAAUAAUUCUUUCCCAAUAAUUGGUACUGAGAGAUAUUUCGAUAGAAUUAUUGGAGGAGUUGCUUUUAUAUUCUUCCAAUAUUUGUCCCAAUAUAACUAGCGUAUUGAGAGAGAGUAUGACCCUCUCUUUAUUUGAGGGGAGUUAGGGUGAAAUAUUAGGACAAAACCCAAUAGUUAUUGUAAAAAGUGAGAUGUAUUGGAGAAUUGCAGGAACACACUCUUUUUCUAAUAGUAGUUUAUUGGAGAAUGAGGGACUGUUCUAGAUGCUAACAAUGGGAGCUCCCAAGGACAACCCGCCCGUCUUCUUCUGCCCACCAACUUCGCCGCCAAGCAAAACCCCAGCAGCUCUUCCCCCGCCACCACCGCCGCCCCGCAGACCCCAUUCUCCUGUCCCUCCUCCGCCGCCGUUCCCGCCCGGCUUCUUCCCCUCCUCUCCCCUGCCAUUGCCGCCCCCAUGCCGCCUCCUGAUGGGGGUCUCGGUGCCGGCGCCCGCCCGGGAGCGGGAGGAGGACCUCGCCGGCGUCCCACCCGAGCUGCUCCCGCUCAAGAAGAGGGUCGUGCGCUACCACCCGUACGCCGCGGCCGCGGCGAUCCAGGAGAUGGCCAGCCACCGCAAUUACCACGGGGACCUGCCGAUGGCCGGGGAGCGGGACGACGGCGGCGGCGGCCUGCGCGCCGAGCUGCUCCGCCUCCGCAUCAUGCGCCCGGCGCUGGUGCUCACCAAGCAGCUCACCUUCUCGGACCGCAGCCGCGACAAGGCGUGCCUCCUGCUCCCCGACGGCCUGGUCGCGCCGUCGCCGCUGCUGGGCAUGCUCACGCCCGCGGAGCGCCGCCUGGUGCUGGGUGCCGGGCUGCCCGUGCCGGCGUUCGACCGCCUCGGCCGCGCCUACCGCAUGCGCCUGCGCCGCGACCCCAAGGCCCGGACCUACAGGCUCACGGGCCAGUGGUCGCUCUUCGUGUCGCGCCACCACACGCGCGCGGGCGACGCCGUCGAGGUGCGCGCCUUCCGCCCGUCCGCCUGGCAGGCGCGCCUGGACAAGCACGGCGAGGGCGGCCUCGGCAUGGCGCUGCUGCACCUGCACCGCCGGGAUGACACCACCCAGGCCCAGCUGGGGCUGGGCUACCGGGAGCGCGACGCGGCGGACGGGCUCCUGCGCAUGGCGGCAAGCGCCAGCAGCCCCCCCUGCAACACGCGCCAUAGCCUAACGUCAGGCUGGUGGAUAUGAUCCCAACACACAAGUUCAUCUAAUUCUGAGGGUUUUGUACUGCAGCUUUGAAUUGAUCAUGCAGGUUUACUUAUCAGGCGAAGUAGAGAUAUAUGGAAUUCCAUUGCAUGAUGAUAGAUGUUGGAUAGAUCAUGAACUGGAUCAUAUAUGUAUAUUUAUAUAUACUAGACAGAUCAUGGAGUGGAGGAUGCAACUGCAAGGCCUGGCUGGUACAGUGGUAUGUAUGGAGCAUUUUCGGAACAUGAGUGGCUGAGGCACCAUCAUCGCCACUACCGCUUCUUGUUCAGCUUCCUCUAGCACCAGAUUAUUUGGGAGCCGUCGAUUCCUCACCGCGUGCGAUUGGGAUCGCUCCAAUCGCAGCAGCGAGCGCCCCGGCUCCAACACCGCUCCCGGCGCCUCCGCCGUCGCUGAUGCUAACAAGCUCGCUACUGCACUGCCCGUCCACUGCCGCCGCCUUCAACUCACCCCCGCCGCCAGCCACAGCGCCACCUCGCCCUCCGCCGGCCAACCCGUCAUCACCGCCGGGCCGCCCCCAGCCCCUUUCGGGCCGCUGGCCAUGGAAGCCCCGACAACCCCGACAGUUAACCCACCCCAUUUACAUGUGGGUAACCCAUUGAAAAGCCAUGUGUCCUGCUAAAUAUUUCAGAAUUUGCAUAUAGGACACAAAAGGACCCUUGCAUACAAGCAAGGCAUUACCAGGGUGCUUCCAGUUUUGAUUUCAAGUGCUAGUCCAACAUAGUGCACUUAACAGUUCUUCCUAGAGAGUUUUCGGAGAGAAGAACAAGCAGCCCGAGUUGUUUUCAUUAACAUGAAGAUGAAUAAUCAUGGUGCAGACAGCGAACAUGAAUAGGCUGCUGAAACCAACAAAUUAGUAAAUGACAUCAUGACACA